UGUGUGUGUGUGUGUGUGUGUGUGUGUGUGUGUGUGUGUGUGUGUGUGUGUGUUGAUGCAGAGCUGCUCGAGUGUAUCUUCUGUGUUGACUGAAUAUAGGCUGUGAACCACUGACUUCAAAUCUACUUUAAAACACAGGAAGGAACAAAACCUGACAAACACGCUGUCAGUCAUUCUGGGGUUUUGGCGCCCUCUUUUGCAUUUUUUUUUUUUUUUUUUUUUUUUUUACACGUUACCAUUGUGCUCUCCGAACUAUGCCUUUAACUUCCCAGGCUCAGAUUGAUGGAGUGAUGUACAAGCCCUUUUCAGACUGCCUUAGUUUUGAAACAAAAGUGCUGUAACUAAUCUCAGCCGUCAUCACGUCUUUGUACAUUCAUACUGAUUCUGCGACGGUGUUUAUUGGUGUCCCAGUCUCUCCAGUCUGAAGCUCCACACACACACACACACAGCGCUGUGCUCCCCUCGCCCCUGUAACGCCUCUGUUACUACCUCUGAAGGCGGUGCAGAGGGGGGGGAUCUCUUCGUCCCCCCCAUUGCACCUCCAUUACAUUCAGAUUAAAGGCGAAACGUCACAGGGGCGUAAAUAUCGCGGCUUGAAACGGCAGUCUGAACAGGGCUAUUGUAACUGAGUCUCUUAAUGUGUGGGCAAAGAGGCCUUUUGAAGGGGCAGAAUUUUCCUCAAAACACGAGAUCUGAGAUUUUCACAGAUGUUCUAUGUUGUGUGGAUGGACAGCAAGAAAAAGUUUGACAAGUAUGCCAAAGAAAUGUGUAGAGAAGUAAAGACUUGGGGGCUGAAGAAACGAUAGAAUAAAAAAAGAUGACAAAAUCUUCAAGUGUACACCCUGCCCUUACUCCAGCUUUAAGUGCUGCAACCCUAGGACCCCUUACAGAUCAGUCCAUCACUGAAAACAAACAUCUCAUAAUAUCAAAGAUUACAUUUAAACUUUUGGAAGGAAAAGAAAAGUACUUGUUUGUUUCAGUGUCUAAAUGAGUGAAUUCAUGUUUUUAUUUAAGUUGUCAAUUUUAUACAUCAGAGAAUUAAUCUGUUGAUUGAGAAAAUGAAUCAUUGCAUGUAAUCAUUGCAGCCCUCAAAGUCUUACUACUAUAUAGUCAACAAUUGUAAUCCAUAGAAAAAUAAAUAUCAGGUGUCUGUCUCAGGCAAGAAAAAGAUUGAAAUGCCUAAAAUCUCAGAUCAAGUGCUUUGAGAAGAAUUCACGCUCUCUAUGACUGACGGGGAAAAAACAAAAAAAACAUCCUGCCUCACUGCCUACGCAAAUGGGAAGCAACUCUGAAGAGCUUGACAAUGUAAAGAGAACCAAAAGUCCCAGAAUAGAAAUGUACUUUUUUAGUGUUGUUAAGAAGUCAAACAGUGUUAUUGUCUGUCAUACAGAGUGUGGAAAGGAAUCAUCUGAUGUGUUGUACCUGUUCAGAUGUAUGUUGCAGGAUUCUCACAGCAUCGUGUCCAGUUUGAAUAAAGGUCCCUAUUCUGUCUGUCUCUCUCUGCACUGCCACUCCCCCUUAAAAGCCCCCCAAGCUCCAGUAUAAUCCCCCUCCCUCCCCUGUUGCUGAGUCCCAGUAAAGGGCUCGAGUUGAAGUCAGUCUCAAGUCAGCCACAAGUGUACCAAUGCAUGUACUUCAGUACCCAGGGCCGCCCGAAACUACCUGUGCAGCGAAAAGGGUUAAAAAAUGUAUCCAUAAUACUAUUGUUAUAGAAAUAUAAUAUUAUCAUCAUCAUUAUUGCUGUUAUAAUUAUGGUUGGUAUAAUUUGUCAUCAUUGUUAGCAUUAUGGAAGCACCAGACUGUUUGUGGAAAGACGAGAAAAAGAAAGCCUUUUUUUUUUUUUUUUAAAUUGUCUGGCUGUUGGUGGUCUGAUCUCACAGAGGGAGGGGAGGAAAGGUUCAGAAAGAGAUGAAGAUGGCAGUCAUGUUUGUACUGGUUGGGAAAUGACUUACAGUGCUGAAAUAAAAUUUAUUCUUUUAGUAAAAAAAGUA